CCCAAAGAUAUUACUGUGGAGCCUCCAGAGACCCCCAAAGAUAUUACUGUGAAGCCUCUAGAGAGCCUUCAGACACCCAAAGACAUCUCAGUUACAGACGAGGAUGAGACACAUGAUCCUGGCCGCGCUCUGUAUCUGGAGCUGUAUAAUGACUGUGACUCCACUGCUAACUGAGGAACAAGUGGCAAGAGUGACAGACUACAUCCAGCAGCACUUCACUAAGGACUUUAACUAUCAAUAUUCUUACUUUGUCAAGUUCACCGAAGAUGAAUGCAUCCGAGGGUUAACAAAUGACGUCUUGCAGGAGGCCCUGGGAGGAGAAGACGCUAGCGCCAUGUACCACGAAGUAGAUGCUCAUCUUAUCUAUAAAGGAAAAAGAAUGGUUGUCACUUCUUACCUCAGAUAUAAAAAGAGCCACAAAAAACACAACUUACAGGCGGAGUAUCGCUUGCUGGAGUCCGAACUUAUUUCCCCGAUCAGCACUCUCCUGACCGACGGGCUUUUCGCAGGUUGCAGCAUAUUUUUUUCUUUUUACUCCCCAUGUACAACAAAGUGUUCCCUCCCCGACGGAAAUUAUAAUAUUGUAGACCAACUCGACACAAUAAAUGGACUCCCCAAAGACAGGGCCUUUGUUUUUGGGAAAGCGCUUUGGUACGAUGCGGAGCGGCCGAGUAAGAGUAGGCAGGUCUGGGAUUCCUGGAGAUCAUUGAAUAGUCACACUCCUUUGUUUCGCUGUGCUGCAAAUAACUGCAUCCAAUGCUUUAAAAAUGGUGUCCAUCAAAAGCAGUGUUAUAAUGUUUAGUCACAUGAUAUUACAGAAAUAGCUUUGUAUAUGGGAAAAAAUAAUUACGAAAUUGCAUUGAAUCCAAUCAUAUUCUCUCA